CCGCGGGGAUGGUGGGGCGGGCAGCCGGCGGCGCCCACAGCCCGGACGGCGCCCGGCGCGGCGAGGCGAGGCCGGCCAGCAUAAAUAUGGCUGAUCUGUCAGAGCCAGAAGGUACUGUAAACUGGAAGGAAAGAUGUUUAACUCUGGAGUCACAGUUAAUGAAAUUUCGUCUCCAAGCAAGCAAGAUCAGAGAAUUAUUAGCAGAAAAGAUGCAGCAGCUUGAGAGACAAGUUAUAGAUGCUGACCGUCAAGCAGAGAGGGCUUUUCAGCAGGUGCAAGUUAUGGAAGAAAAAUUAAAAGCAGCUAACGUUCAAACGAGCGAAUCAGAAAACAGGUUGUAUAAGAGAUGUCAAGAUCUGGAGAUCCUGAUUCAAGAUAAAAAUGACAUAAUACAAAAAUUGGAGCAACAACUUGAAGAACAGAAGCAAAUACGACUUCAAGAAGCAAAACUGAUAGAAGAAAAAGCAGCUAAAAUAAAAGAAUGGGUGACCGUCAAGCUCCAUGAGUUAGAGGUGGAAAAUCAGAACCUUCGCUUGAUUAACCAAAAGCAAACCAAAGAGAUGAAAACAGUACAAUCCAAACUGCAAGAAGCUACAGGCAAGAAAUCUGUUACUUCAACACAAAAACCUGGAGAAUGUCAGCGACUAAGCAGUUUGACUUUUGGAUGCUUUUCAAACAGAGCAAGAAGUCCUCAACCAUCUCCUAAAUUUGAAGAAAUAAGCAAAUCUUCAUCAAAAGAGUCAGACUACACUGAAGGCAGAAACACACUAGAGAAGGAUAUCCUGGAAACUACCUUUGCUGGUCCUGCACAUGAAAGCAAUAAAGGUCAGAAGUCAUUGCAGCAAAGUUCCUCAGGAUCAGAGCAGAAGAAAAAUGUGAGAACAAGUUGUUCAUCCAAAGAUAUAGACAGUGACAUGUCAAAGAACUCCUGCACUACAGGGAGUGACUGGAGCUCAGAUGAGGAUGGAGGAGAUAAUAAAGGACUGAAAUCCAGGUGUGCAUCCACUCUCUCAAGCCACACAUCCGAAGAGAACGCUAGGUACAGUAGAAUGGGAAGUGAAAUGUAUUUGACAGCUUCUGAUGACAGUAGUUCUCUAUUUGAAGAAGAGAGUUUGGGUGUUCAGAAGACGCAGCACAAAAAGUUGUACUCCUGGCAGCAAGGGUCCCAAAGAAAAGGCCAGAACAAUCCAGGUGGAAAGUGCAACUCAGACUUCACAAGUAAGAAGAAAGACCAAGAUAGUUCUUCAGAUGAACUGAACAAGAAAUUUCAGUCUCAGAGGCUAGAUUAUUCAUCCUCAUCCAGUGAGGCAAAUACCCCAAGUCCCAUUUUAACCCCUGCUCUAACCCCUAAACACCCAAUCCUAGCAACUUCUGCAGGCUCUCAGUACCCGACACCAUCAGACUCUCCCUCAAAUUUGCCACCUCCAAAGUUACGGACUCCUAAUGUGUUUAGUAUAAAUUCAGCUUUGGCAAAAAAACAUUUAAGCCAGCCCCAGCUGAGCUCUGAUAGAAUGUUUGGUAAAAAUAGAAAUGCUAUAAGCAUGAUACGUCCGUGGAGACCUCAGGAAACAGACAUUGAUCUGGUGGAUGGAGAAGAUACAGGUAUUUUAGAGAAAAUGGAGAUGGGCUGUGAUGAAGGAGUGUUUACCUAUGACUGCACUGAAGCACAAAAUGCUGAAGCCCAGGAACCCUGUGAUACGACAAAAAGAGCUGCUAGCAACAAACCUCCAACCCCACCAUUACAUCGAUUUCCUUCCUGGGAAAGCAGAAUUUAUGCUGUAGCCAAAUCUGGCUUAAGGAUGUCUGAAGCUUUCACCAUGGAAUCUCUUAACAAAAGUGCUGUUUCAUUAACUUCAUACUCCAUAUCUGGAUUAUACACAUCUCUGAUAUAUAAGAACAUGACCACUCCUGUCUACACCACUUUGAAAGGGAAAGCAACUCAAAUAAGCAACAGCCCAUUUAUAGAUGAGUCGUCAGGAUCUGAGGAAGAAGACAGCUCUCGGUCCAGCUCAAGGACUUCUGAGUCCGAUUCUCGAAGCAGAAGUGGACCGAGUAGUCCUCGGGCUAUGAAACGAGGUGUGUCUCUGUCUUCUAUGACCUCAGAAAGUGACUAUGCUAUUCCUCCUGAUGCAUAUUCAGUAGAUACAGACUAUUCAGAGCCGGAGCAGAAACUUCCUAAAACCUCUUCCUCAUCUACUGAUAAUGGAAAAAAUGAACCUUUGGAAAAAUCUGGAUAUCUGUUAAAAAUGGGUGGUAAAGUGAAGACCUGGAAACGACGAUGGUUUGUGCUUAAAGGAGGCGAAUUACUAUACUACAAAUCUCCAAGUGAUGUAAUUCGAAAACCUCAAGGUCAAAUUGAGUUAAAUGCAUCUAGCCACAUUGAAAGGGGUGAUGGAAAACAAACAAUUCAGCUGACCACAGAAAAACGGACAUACUACCUGACUGCAGAUUCUCCAAACAUCUUAGAAGAAUGGAUCAAAGUACUACAGAAUGUUCUUAAAAUACAGGCUGCUAGUCCGCUUUUUAUACAGCCUGAAAUCAAGCCAACCAUGAAAGGGUUACUUACAAAGGUGAAACAUGGAUACUCCAAAAGAGUAUGGUGUACCCUAGUUGGAAAAAUUCUGUAUUACUUCCGUAACCAAGAAGAUAAGUUUCCUCUUGGUCAAAUCAAGCUUUUUGAGGCCAAGGUUGAAGAAGUUGAUAGAUCCUGUGACUCUGAUGAAGAUUAUGAAGCUAGUGGUCGCAGUUUAUUAUCAACACAUUACACUGUUGUUAUCCACCCCAAAGAUCAAGGACCAACUUACCUUCUUAUAGGAUCCAAGCAUGAGAAGGACACAUGGCUUUAUCAUCUGACGGUUGCUGCUGGAAGUACCAACGUAAAUGUUGGGUCUGAGUUUGAACAACUUAUUUGCAAAUUACUAAAUAUGGAAGGUGAUACCACUUCUCAGAUUUGGAGACAUCCUACCCUUUGCCACAGCAAAGAAGGAAUCGCUUCUCCUCUUACAACAUUGCCAUCAGAAGCUUUGCAAACUGAAGCAAUUAAAUUAUUUAAGACCUGCCAGUUGUUUAUAAAUGCUGCAGUUGACUCUCCUGCCAUUGACUACCAUGUAUCUUUGGCCCAGAGCGCUUUGCAGAUCUGCCUCACGCAUCCUGAACUUCAAAAUGAGAUCUGUUGCCAGCUCAUUAAACAGACUAGACGUCGGCAUCCACAAAACCAGACAGGACCAAUACAGGGCUUGCAGCUCUUGGCUCUCUGCGUUGGACUCUUUCUGCCCCAGCACCCAUUCCUUUGGCUUCUUAAACUUCAUUUAAAGAAGAAUGCAGAUUCCAGAACUGAAUUUGGGAAAUACGCAAUAUAUUGUCAGCGAUGUGUAGAGCGUACCCAGCAGAAUGGAGACCGAGAAGCCAGACCUUCCAGAAUGGAAAUUCUUUCAACUCUUCUAAGAAACCCCUACCACCAUUCACUACCCUUUAGUAUUCCAGUUCAUUUCAUGAAUGGCAUAUAUCAGGUUGUUGGGUUUGAUGCUUCUACCACAGUGGAAGAAUUUCUGAACACCCUGAACCAGGAUACAGGAAUGAGGAAACCAGCUCAGUCAGGAUUUGCACUGUUUUCUGAUGAUCCCUCUGGCAAGGAUAUAGAGCACUGUCUUCAAGGGAACAUCAAGAUCUGUGACAUUAUUUCGAAAUGGGAGCAAGCCUCCAAAGAACAACAUCCUGGGAAAUGUGAAGGUACAAGGACUGUCCGCCUUACUUACAAAAACAGGCUUUAUUUUUCAGUUCAAGUCCAUGGGGAGACGGACAGAGAGAAGCUGCUGCUAGUCUAUCAGACGAAUGAUCAAAUAGUCAAUGGACUUUUCCCUGUAAACAAAGAACUAGCAAUGGAACUGACUGCUCUUCUGGCUCAGGUAGAAAUCGGAGAUUUUGAAAGGCCUUUCUCAACGCCAGCAGGGCAAGUCACUUCCCAGUCCAAAUCCAAUCAAACAUUAAAACAAGUUUUGGAGAGAUUCUACCCUAAGAGAUAUAGGCAUGGUUGUUCAGAGGAGCAAUUAAGACAGCUUUGUCAGCGAUUGUCUACAAGAUGGAUGGCUCUCCGGGGGCACAGUGCUGCAGACUGCGUGCGCAUUUAUCUCACUGUAGCCAGAAAAUGGUCUUUCUUUGGUGCUAAAUUGUUCGCAGCAAAACCUCUAGCAACCUCCUCACUUGAGAAAUCCUUCAUAUGGUUUGCUGUACAUGAGGAUGGCAUAAGCAUCCUCGAUUACAGCACUAUGCGAUUGACAGUUACAUAUACAUAUAAGAGUCUGAUGACUUUUGGAGGCUAUCAAGAUGAUUUUAUGUUGGUUGUUAAUGAUGCUCAGAUAAAGGACAAAGCAACUGAAAAACUCCUUUUUGCCAUGACAAAACCCAAGAUUCUUGAGAUCACUCUACUGAUUGCCAGCUAUAUUAACAACUUUCAUCAGCAAAAAGGAGCUGCUCAUCACCUCUCUGCUCCAGCAUUACUGACACCUCAAAGUGGACAGAAACUCAAGGAAAUGGGGAGUCAGACACUGCUCACAAACAACAGACCAACUAAAUGUCCAACUUUGUUAUGAAAGUGUUACCUGUCAUGAUAAUGCAUCUUUGCUACAUGGUUUCUACACUGAUUGAAAACUUUUUGAUGUACAAGACAUACUGCAUAAGCAGGUUUGUAAAUGAAGGAAAGGAGGACGGGUUUAUAUUCAUUUCAGUGGUAUAUAGCAGGAGGAACCCUUUAAUUAAAGCCCUGGCACAAACUGGAAUGAUGAAGAUGAGCCGAUUUAAGAAUUCUGCUUCACGGGGGUGGCUUGUCCCUAUAGCUCAAAAAUAAAUGUGUCUGUUGAUAGUGAUGGGGAGGGGUGGCCUUGGGAACAAUUGUAUACGUUUUAGUCAUUUUCCAGAUAUUUUCUCAGGGACCAAACUGUCUUCACCUCUUCAGUUGCGUUUUAAAAAAAUACAAAUUCUAUGACCUUCAUUUUUUAAAGGAUUAUUUGUUUUAAAAAAUGUCAAAUAGUAUAUUUUCCAUUUCCAUCACCCCACUUUGUUUUGCAAUACAAGCACCACGGGGCUAAAAAGAGCAAAUUGUUUUAGAAUUGUUUCUUCUUAAAAAAAAAAAAAACACACAAACACAUCACGUAACUAUUACAAAUCUAACAAGUAUUCUCCCAAUACCCUUUUAGCCAUUUUUAUACAGCUAUUCUACUUAGCAUAUCUCUAGCCUUGGCCUGACACAUUUCUAAAUAAUCCCUCUCAACCCCAGCCUUUUGGAAAAAUCUAAAUUGAACAGGCACUGUAUUUAGUAUAGUUUUAUUAAACUUCUUUAAUCCAGAAAUAAUAAUAUAAUCCAGAUGCAAGAAUGACUCGAUUCAAAACACAGGAAUAACACAGAAAGCCAUUGCUUGAAUUGUUGAGCUUGGAGACAUAAGUGACAUAUAAAAUGCCAUGUGUAUAAUAUAUACAGUGAUACAGAAUAAUAUUUUGUAAAAGGUGUAUUUGUUGUGUUUUGUUUGUAUCUAUACAUUUCGUAUUAUAAAACUAAUUACAAUGUUCUUGCACACUAAAGGUAAAAUGUUGCAUCUGC